ACGCAGCUCCAGCCUGCCAUGGCCGUCUGAGCCUGCCUUGCCCGCUUGCCCGCUUGAGCCGAGCAUCCCUAGACAGGUGGGGGAGUCUCAGAGUCUCAGGGCGCAUCAUGGGCGCGGAGGCAUCGGUGCCGGAGCCGGAGGAUGCGGAGGCCGCGGAGCAGCCGGACACAGAUCUGCUGCCGGAGAAUGUGGCGAAGAUGUCUUACAACGAGUUCAACGCCGCCCUGGCAGGGGCCUGCAGGGAAGACGAUUUCCGGAAGUACAGAGACCUGUGGAAGCACAUUGACCAGACCCGCAGCGACAACACCAGCUUCGACGACGCCCUACUGGCGGACGGGGGCUUGAAGCAUCUGAAAUAUGCCUUCCGACACUCCGAUGCCCUGUGGCGGGAGGCAGGCGUUCGCAUGUCUCGGACCUUCUUCCACAACCGCGAGGCGCGGGAGAAGUUGGUGGCCCUCGACUUUGUAGGCUCGAUGAUGCUCCUCACGAUGCCCAAAGAUGGCGUUGAUUUGGAGGACGACGGAGGACUCCAGCAAGGCACCUCAGAGGAGCAAUUCCAACUGCUCGCUGCAGAGACGAUCUUGGAGAUGGCAGACUACUCGGAGUUCAUGCCGUCGCUGUGUUCCACCAGUGUCCUGAACUUCCUCUGCAUCGCUCUGAACCAGGUGCCGCCUGCCGUGGAGACCGUCACCCACACCUUUGUGAAGAUCUCAGCUGAUCCCCUGAACCUGCCCGUGUUCCUGGGAGGCUCGGUGGGGGACAUCCUGGAGGCCUUCUUCAAGUCCACCUCCUACUCGAAGCCAAACUCCCCGGAGAAGCUCAAGCAGUGGGAGCGGAAUAUUGUGGCCAUGGCCUUCUGUGCCCACACCAUGGGCACGAUGAUCAAGUACGACCACGCGUGUCAGGUGGACCUCCCAACAGUUGGGGCCAUCUUCACCAGCAUGCCAGAUAACCUGCGCCUGGUGUCGGAGCUGGCGCGCCUCUUCUACUGGAUCUGCCGGAAAUCCAAGGACCUUUGGGCAACCCUCCUGCAGACAGCGCCUGGCGGCAACACCGACGGCCUGGACUCGCUGCUCUUCGCGCUGGUGGAGACCUGGAAGCGGGCGGUGGACCUGCACCGGCGACUGCAGAAAGGCUCAGCGCAAGGCCUGGAGGACUUCCUGGUGGACGAUAUGGACCGGGAUGCGGUCAUUGAGUACGGCUCGGAGGAGUUCCAGCACAAGGUGGAAUACGCCGAGAUGCGGCUCUGCUACAUGAACUGCCUCUUGUGGGUGCUGCUGCCCCAGAGCCACCUGCGGUGGCGGCUGCAGGACUUGCAGCUCCGGGAUUUGCAUUUGGCGGUGGAGCUGGAGGGCCCAGUCUUCCUGCAGGUCAUCCUCGGCACCAUCCGCUUCCUCCUGGACCAGGAGCAAGCGCAGCAGUGCCAGGACCUCGUGACCUUCUUCGGGGAGCAGCUGCUGGGCUUCCUGGACCAAGCCAUCGACGGGCGAUUUCCGGACAGCCUCAUGCGCCUUCUGCUGGACGGGGUGUCCAUUUUGUCCCUGCAGCGGGAGAUGCAGAAGCUCCUGGCAACCUUCAACAUCUACGGCAAGCUGAACAGGCUGGUGCGGAGGUACAAGGACAGGAAUGUGAACCGCGAUCAUCGCAAGAUCGAGCUGGCCGUUCUGCGCGUGAUGUCUCAAGUGGCGGUGCAUCCUGCGCACCGGCUAGGAUGGAUCGCCAAGGACCUGGACCCGGACAACGUGUACCCGCCCCGGGACGAGUUCGAGGGCCAGCUGGAGGGUUGGAUCAAGAAGAAGGACGAGCACUGCAAGACCAUCGCGUCUCUGCUGCUGAACCUCUUUCAGGAGCAGAAGUUCCAGAGAGACGUGAGCCAAGUGGAGACCACUCUGCUCAGCGUCCUGGACUGGUGGCAGGUGAACAGCACGACCUUCUUCGACGAGCGAGAGGAGGUGCGCCCUGUGGUAAGCCUCGAGGACCGGCUGAAGCAAGCGGCCAUGCGAGUGAUGGAGAAGCGGGCCCUCACGAGUAUGGAGACCAUGGCCUAUUGCGCUCCCUACGAAAGUGUGGUGGUGCUCUCUCUCUUCAGCCGCCUCGCGCUAGAGCCGAAGUUCAAGAGGUUCUUCUACCAGCACGCCCUGGAGACCCUGCUGUGCUGCGUGUGCACUGGCAUCGCCGCGGAGGCACGUGAGGCCGCGGCGACUCUGGCGAACCUCAUGUGGGUGCCAGACUUGGACCAGGAACGCCUCGUCUGCUGGCUGAAGUUCGACGGCUCAAGGUGCCUCACGGUGGACAGCGCCAACGUGCUGCUGCCCGUGCGCUUCGGGGACCUGCAGCCGGUGGACAUCGGCCAGGGCAUGUACAAGUCCACUUGGGGCGUGGAGUUCGUGUAUGGCUCCUGCUUGACGCUGCACCCGGAUGGGUUCAAGACCUACAACGUGCCGGGCCUUCUUACCACGGCUUCCCCGCAGGACACCUUCAGAAACAGCUCCCAGAGCCCCUACCACUGGCUGGACGACCCCCCGGACCCCCGACACUUCACGGUGAGUUGCUGGUUCUUCUGGCCGCUCUCACAGGCGGACGAGGCGGCGCGGCAGUGCGUGCUGCUGCAAAGCUCGCCGCCGGAAAGGAUGAUUCAGAUCUACGUGGACUUCGAGCUUGACCCGGAGGGCGUUUGGACCAUCAUCGACCACACCAGGACGAAGCGGCCGAUCAAGACGCCCAAGCUGAACCACGGCUGGCACCUGCUGACCCUGGUGUCUUCCACCUACCGCAGCCCGGCGCAGAACUUCGACGGGACCAAGCUGUUCCUGGACGAGUGGUGCAAACUGCUGAAGAACGUCUGGAUCCUGAACGAUUUCUACGUCCUGGGGAACGACCUGAGCCGCGGAGGCCGCAAACCCUUCGGCCUCAUCGCGGACUUCCGCAUCUACGCGCGAAGCUUGUCGGAUGAUGAGGUGCACAAAAUGGUGCUGCAGGCCACUGUGGACGACCACCCCAACAAGGUGGUGGCGCGCCUGGCGCAGCUAGGCGCCGCGGAGGCGUUGGCGCAGCGCCUGGAGGUGCCGGAUACGGCGGCCGAGUGCCUUCGCGCCCUGGGCAGCUUGGCGUCCUUGGCCUCCCAGCGGGCCAUGAUCUUCCACGUCUGCGGGCGCCAGCUGCUGCGGUUCAUGAGCUCGCCCCUGCCUAUGGUCCAGCGCCAGGCAAAGCGGCUCAUGAACAACCUCUCCUGAGCGCAAAGCCGGAGGAAUCCUGCUGCUUGGGUUGGAAGGCGGUUCGUUUGCGCCAUGUUGCCAUAGAUGGAAGGAUCGAGCAUUGCAGUUGACCC